AUUAAUGUUGUGCUGUGAUGUUGUGUCUGUGAUAGUGAUGGUGGGUGGGUGUCGUGUAUUUUUAGGUUAAGAACAAUAAAAAUAUGAUUUUGUAAAAUAUAUAACAAAACUCGACCAAAAAUGAAACUUACUUAUCUUAUGGAGUCAACAUUAAUUACAAUACCAGCAAUCUUGUGCACGUUAUUGCUCUGGAGACUUAUUUGCAAUUUGCGGUCAUCUCUACCUUGGAGAGUAAACUGUUGGUUUUGCAACAGUAAUAUUUGGGCGAAAUACAUUGAUCGGAACUGUUGGACGUGCCCAAAAUGCGAUCAGUACAAUGGGUUUACGAAGGACGGUGACUACAACAAAGCGAUUUGUACUACUACGGAACAAGUUUCCAAAAGUCCCAAAUUAUUUCAUAGAACUCCACCCAAAAAUGGUUUGUGCAAGAUGUGUAAUAUUAACCAACAGCUCAAGGUGACACAAUUAGCGAAUUUUGUGCCAAUGAAUGAGAAAAAAUAUGAUGAAGAGAUAAACUCCUACAGAAUGCAGUUGGAAAAGGCAUACAAAUUGUGCAGCCCAUGUAAAAAAACCCUGCAAAAGAAACUUCAUAAGGAAAAAGAGUCAUUGUUAGGAUCAAGAUUAUUAGAAACAAGGGCUUCAGACAAAAGAGAUCAAAGGAUCAAAAAACAAAGUGAAAUAAUGAAGAAUAUAAUCAAUACUACUUCUAGGCUAAUAGCAAUCAUUUUACUAGUUCUCGUGGCAACAGAAUGUCAUGAAAAUGCUUUGAAACACAAGAAUUUAUCCCAUACAAUACACUAUGUAAAAGAAAUUAUUUGGAGCCUUGUGGAAAGAGUUUUUUCUAUCAUAAAAAUGAAGAUGCUACUUACAUUCCCAUCACUAGCGGAUCAACAUAUUGACAUAUAUAACAUAGAUUUAUUUACAAGCUUUAUUGGACCCAAUGAUUUGAUGCAGAAAGCAUUAGGAGGAUUCGUAUGUUUUAUACAGAUUAUUGGACAUUUUUGGAAUAUUAACAAAGCACAAUAUUGUAUAGUAAUUGACUUAUUCUGGUCUGUUUUUGUACUGACGUCAUUAGUACAAGAUUAUGUGACUGCAGACCCACUAAUUAUGAGCUUAUUAAAAUUAUUUAGUACAUUGGCAGUGUUGCAUGUCUAUAGGCAUUUGAAUGACAGGACUGCUAAAUAUGUUACAAGAAAAAAUAAUACGCCAAAGACUUUGAAGAAUUUUGCAAGUGUUACACCUAAGAAACUCAUUGACGAAGAAGAUAAUAUAUCUUUAGAUACAGACGAUGAUGUGUCACUUAGCAAAUUUGGCUUGCACAAUUUCACUGACUCAUCUAACGAAACUGCCAGUUUGAUUAACCAUAGUCUCAUAAAUGGUAGAUCAUUUACCCCCCGCAAUGAAUCUUUAUGGGGCAAACCAAAACUUAAUUCAACCUUUUCAAUAAACUCUGUCACUUCUAGCCCAAAAUCUCUUUCAGAAAGUGUUUUCAUUAAACCUUCAUUCAAUAAUUACCAAAAGAUUGACGAUUCUGAUUCAGAUUUAGAUGAGAGCAUAAGCUCACUAUGUAUAAGCAGUCCAAAAAAGAGGAGCUCGAAAAUUAAUCCUGUCUUUGCAUUACGCAAGUUUACAGCCUCUCCAAAUUUCGUAGUUCCGACUCCCUUGAACAGAUCUAGACCUGUUAUAUCGCCAAGUAAAUUAGGUCACAGUACAUCUUGGGUGGCGGGAGGUUACUGGGGUAAUGACGGUGAGCGUCCCAUGAUAUUUAACGUAAACGGGAGUCGUUCCUCUAGUCAAAGUUCGGGGUUUGAGUCUCAAGCUUCUAGUUUGAACCAACGUAAUGUUUUUUCUCAACCGUCGUCUCGAGAGGAGUCUGACUGCGGGGAGCCAGAUAAGCAUUUAUUGUUUGACAGAUUCCAAAACUGUAAUAUGAAUAAUUAUAAUCAAAAUACACAAGUGUUCGCGCCUAUAAGCUCCCCCGUUUUUCCUCAAAUGCAGUAUAAUAGUCAUGUACAAUUACCUCAGCCAAGAUUAGCUCAGCAAACUUUUGUAUCUCAGAAUGUGUACGCGCAUCAGCAGUUUGCGCCAAACAGUUUGUUCAAAGCCCCUGGUGGGUCUCGACUCAUCAAGUUGCCUCAAGAUAAUUUUAUGUCUCGCUAAGGCUGGAAAGAUACUUAUAACACGCCACUCGAUGCAACGCCCAAGUUGCGUGGUGGUUUAAGCUGUUUAUCCUGUCAUAUGAGAGAGGAUGCCUGUGACCAGCAAAAGAUAUUAAAAAGAUGUAGUAAGGCAUUUAUGAUGAUAGUGAGAUAUCAUCAUAGUACUUAGAUGUAGGUGCCGUGGUGAGAGCUGUGGCCUGAGGGUAUAGGUUUGAUAGGGCCAGUUUUUGGUUUUAUUAUGCCAU